AUGAAAACUGAAUUGUUUGGUGAGAAAUAUGACCGCGUGAAAGAAUUCUUUGAAGGCGAUUGUUGUGCGCUUGCUUAUAAUUCUGAUCAGGAUUGGUUUGAUGAUGAAGAUGAAGAAUUCGCAUUUGAUCCCAAUGGUUCAAAUAAAUGGUUUGACGACGCAUACCGUGAGGUGAAAGAAGAACAAAAUGAAAUGAAAAAUGGAUACAGGGAAACAGCGAGACGACAAUUGAUGGUUGCCGAACAAAGAGUUGAAGACGCAAGAGAACAAUUAAAACUUGCUUGGGAUGCUUGUGAAAUUAGCAUUUUAUUAGAAACCAAGGAAUUAUAA